AUGGAUGAUGAUGAUGGAUGGAUGGAUGAUGAUGAAUGGAUGAUUAUGAUGGUGUCAAAACUGAUGCAUCAUGAUACAUUUUACUUUUCAAUUAUACGGAACCCAGUCUCUGUAAUGGAGUCAGUUUUCAUAUACUGCAAUUCAGACACUGAAGUCUUCAAAGGUGCCAAAGACUUAAAUGAAUUUAUGAAGUCCCCUUGGAGUUACUAUAAGCUAAAUUAUACCAAGAACUACUAUGCCAGAAACUUCAUUUGGUUUGACUUUGGGCUCAACCAUAAUCGUGCCGAUGACGAAGAUUAUUUUGUAGCUGCUGUAUCACAGAUUGAGAGCACCUUUAACCUGAUACUCAUCAAUGAGUACUUUGAGGAGUCCAUGAUCCUCUUGAAGGAGGCUCUGUGCUGGAGUAUGGAUGACGUGACUUACUUUGUUCUGAACAAGAGGAGUAAAGCAAGUACUCAGAACCUGACCAAGGAAACAGCUGAAAAGAUAAAGCAAUGGAACUCCUUAGACUGGAAACUCUAUCUGCAUUUCAAUAAAACAUUCUGGCAGAGAAUUGAAGAUACUAUUGGGCUAGAGAGGAUGAAAAUACAAGUGCAGCUGCUAAAAAGCAAGAUCCAAAAACUGAGGAACACUUGCCUAGAGGAACCAGAUGCAGUAGAGCCGUCCAAUGUCAAAAACACAUUUUUUUUGCCUCAUCAGCCAAAUAAGGUAAAAAUUCUGGGUUACAAUCUUAGAAGUGGCUUGGACAAUAUUAUGAAAAAACAAUGCCAGCAAAUGAUUUAUAGUGAGCGCUGGUAUUCCAUUCUAUUAUAUGCCAAACAGUACUCUAAUGCAUCUGCACUAAACCAAAUAAAUAAAUAUAACAAAGACAUACUUGCAAUAAAAAAGAAAAAUGAACAAAAAGAAAAUUGAGUGGUUUAAGAUGAAACACAACUAUUCAAAGACUUGAAAAUGGUAAAUUCAUAUUGUUCUAGGCAAAAAGACCUGUAGAAAUGGGGUAUUACCUUAACUUUUGGAUAUCAAGUUAUCUUUCCCAUCAAAGUUUGCAAAUGUGUAUUGUGUUCAGAAGAUAGUAUUACAUACAGCAUACACAAAAUCUGAGAAUAACUUACUUUUUGAAUCAUAACGGAAUAUAAAAAAGAAUGUUUAAAAGGUAAUGAGUCUUCAGAGCUCCAGAGGGGGAACUUGUUAUUGGUGGUAAAAUACCAAUUUUAAUCUGUCUGCAGAAAAUCACUUAACAAAAGUAUGCUUAGUUUACUAUUGUUUUAAUAUUUAAUAUCACCUCUACAAAAUGCACUUUCAUGGACAAUGUGAACCUUUAAUUGUGACUCGGGAUCUGGAUCCAUGUUUAAAUAUAUUUUGAAAAUUCUAUAUUUAAUAAGGUAGACUGUGAUAGCAGGUUAUAUGGCACUCUUGAUACAGUGAACGAGCUGACAUGGACGUUAGCGAAUGACCUUGGCACAGAUGAAGCUGGCCUGGAGGAAUGGGAAUUAGUGACCAUAGUUCAUUGUGACCACGCAGGGGAGAGUGACAGUUCAGUUCAUUGUACCACUACCUCCUAUUGGAGGCUGGGUGGUACAGCAACAUAUGUAGUUUGGAUAUUUGACUUUAUAUGUACUAGGUAGCACUUUGUUUUGUAGUUGA